UUACUUAUUAUUAAGUGCAACAUGCUUUAGAAAUAAUGUACGUUAUUUUUAUGAGCAUAAAGCGAUUCCAUGAGUAAUAGAAAAGAUGCUUCCCAUUUCACCCGCAAUAUUGUGAAUCAGUUUAUCAUAAACACGAAUUAGGCCACUGUCAAGUAGUGAUAGAAAAACUGAACUUUUCAAAAUUUGUCUUUCAAAGCGCUUGAAUCGUCGCACGCUGACGACACAUGCUGGUCAAAACAGUGUAAAUACAACGAGAACAUAAAAACACCAAACACAUGUACAGACAACUUUAACUAUUAAAUGUAAUACACAAAUCAUUAAAUAUAAACUAUAAGAAAAAAAUUUAGUCUUUGUAAUUUGUGUUCUUUCAUUAAUUUGUCGUGCUAGUUUUGAGUGUUUAUGGCUAAUUAGGUCAUUUAAGGCUAUUAACUACAAGUAUAACUAACUAACUAACCAGUGCACUGACUACUGAAUUAGGAAACCGAUUGAGACACACACAGAGAUUUAGUUUGAAUUCAUUUUUAUUUCUGUUAAUUACUUUUAAUGAAUUGUCCAAACACAGAAAAACUCCUGGUGAGGCAGCUGAAAUCAACGUGACAUACUAUUAUAAAGAUGACGUUUAUUAAAAAGGAGAAUGAAGAAAUGAGGAUUGAAGACGCAUUUAGUGUGAAACAAGAAGAUACUGAGGAACAAAUAAAAAAGGCCUUUAUUAAAGAGGAGCGUGAAGAUGUGAAGACUGAAGAAACAUUCAGAGUGAAACAUGAAGAUACUGAGGAACAAACAGACCUGAUGCCACUGAAAGAGGAGAGUCAAGAACUGAUUGAAAUGGAAGUGAAAGGUCAUUAUGAGAAACAUCAUGAUUUCAUAACUGGACACUUUAUUUUCUCACAGACUGAAAAAUCUUCCUCACAAAAAAGAGCUCAAAAGACAGGAGCUAAAAGUAAUUUCACCUGCCAACAGUGUGGAAAGAAUUUUAUUCGAAACAAAAACCUUAGAGUCCACAUGAGAAUUCACACUGGAGAGAGGCCAUUCACUUGCCCUCAUUGUGGAAUGAGUUUUGUUCAAAAAGCAACCCUUAAAAGGCACAUUAGACUUCAUACUGGAGAGAAGCCAUUCACAUGUCUUCCAUGUGGAAAGAGGUUUAUUCAAAAAGGAAGCCUUAACAGGCACAUGAGAAUUCACACUGGAGAAAAACCGUUCAUAUGCGCUCAGUGUGGAAAAUGUUUUGAUCAACAUAGAAACCUUAUAGUCCACAUGAGAGCUCACACUGGAGAGAAGCCUUUCACCUGCCAACAGUGUGGAAAGAGUUUCACUAAAAAAGGAAACCUUGAGGUUCAUAUGAGAAUUCACACUGGAGAAAAGCCAUUCGUAUGCCCUCAGUGUGGAAAGAGUUUUGAUCAACAAGGAAAUCUUGCAGUUCACUUGAGAAUUCACACUGGAGAGAAGCCUUUCACCUGCCAACAAUGUGGGAAAAGUUUCACUAAAAAAGGAAGCCUUGAAAGCCACAUGAGAAUUCACACUGGAGAGAAGCCUUACACAUGCUCUCAAUGUGGAAAGAGUUUUGCUCAAAAAGGAAGCUUUAACAGGCACAUGAGAAUUCACAUUUCCCUCGUUGGCUUGGGGCUCACUGAGGAUGAAGAACUCACAGCAACAACUGGGCCAGAUGAGGCAAUAAGGGUAGGUGGAGUGAUGGAGGGUCUGCCCCCAAUUGCCUCAUCCAUGGCACUGAACCAUUUCCAGGAUGCUGCUUUGGGUUCUCCAUCCUCAGUGCUCACACCAUGUACUCACUCAAAGCCUUUGAUGGCAGCAUUCCGCUAUUCUGGUGAAGUGGGCUUCAAUAGCCGCUCUCCACCAGAUAAGCAGAUGUGCGUGCUCAUCUGUCCCUAUCCACGUGACACUAUUAUAAAGAUGGCGUUUAUUAAAGAGUUUUUGGCAUUUAUUAAAGAAAAAGAGAGUGAAGACAUGAAGAAUGAAGAAGCAUUCAGAGUGAAACAAGAAGAUACUGCGAGACAAACAAAGAUGGUGUUUAUUAAAGGGAGAGAGAGUAAAGACAUUAAGAUUGAAGAAACAUUCAGAGUGAAACAAGAAGAUACUGAGGAACAAACAGACCUGAUGGUGCUGAAAGUGGAGAGUCCAGAACAAAAUGAAAAUAAAGACAAGUAUGAGAAACAUGAAUUCAUAACUGGAGAAAAUUUGUUUAGUUGCUCACAUACUGGAAAGAGUUUUGAUAAACAUAGAAUCCUUAAAGCCCGCAGGAAAGUUCACAUUGGAGAAAAGCCUUUCACCUGCCAACAAUGUGGAAAAAGUUUCAUUCAAAAAGGAUCACUUGAAAGGCACAUGAGAAAUCACACAGGAGAGAAGUCUUACACAUGCCCUCAGUGUGGGAAGAGCUUUGAUCAAAAUAGAAACCUUAAAGCUCACAUGAUAAUUCACAGUGGAGAGAAGCCUUUCACCUGCCAACAGUGUGGAACAAGUAUGUCUACAAAACGAAGCCUUAACAGGCACAUGAGAGUUCACACUGGUGAGAAGCCCUACACAUGCCAGUUGUGUGGAAAGAGUUUCACUCAAAGACAAAGUCUUAAAAACCACAUGAGAGCUCACACUGGAGAGAGGCCUUUCAUUUGCCAGCAGUGUGGAAAGAGUUUCUCACUAAAAGAAAGUCUUAAGGCACACAUGAGAAUUCACUCUGGAGAGAGUCCUUACGUAUGCCAACAGUGUGGAAAGAGUUACACUAGCAAAGGAAACCUUGAUGCCCACAUGAGAGUUCACACUGGAGAAAGGCCUUUUACCUGCCAACAAUGUGGAAAAAGUUUCGUUCAAAAAGGAGCCCUUACAACCCAUAUGAGCAUUCAUAAUGGAAAGAAGCCUUACAUAUGCCCUCAGUGUGGCAGGAGUUUCUGUCAACAAGGAAGCUUAAUGGUCCACAUGAGAAUUCACACUGGAGAGAAGCCUUUCACCUGCCAACAGUGUGGAAAUGGUUUCAUUAAAAAAGAAGCUCUUAAAGUCCACAUGAGAGCUCACACUGGAGAGAAGCCUUUCACAUGCCUUCAGUGUGGAAAGAGUUUUGAUCAAAAUAGAAACCUUAAAGCUCACAUGACAGUUCACAGUGGAGAAAAGCCGUUCAUUUGCCCUCAGUGUGGAAAGUGUUUCUCUAAAAAAGGAAACCUUGAAGUCCAUAUGAGAGUUCACACUGGAGAAAAGCCGUUCAUAUGCCCUCAGUGUGGAAAGAGUUUUGAUCAGCAAGGAAACCUUACAGUCCACAUGAGAGCUCAUACUGGAGAGAAGCCUUUCACCUGCCAACAAUGUGGAAAGAUUUUCGCUAAAAAACAAAGUCUUGAACUCCACAUGAGCAUUCACACUGGAAAGAAGCCUUACACAUGCCUUCAGUGUGGAAAGGGUUUCCUUCAGAAAGGAGGCUUAAUAGUCCACUUGAGAAUUCACACUGGAGAAAAACCAUUCAAAUGUGAUCAGUGUGGAAAUGGCUUCAGACGUAAAAUAUUCCUUAAAAAACACAUGAGGAUUCACUUAUGAGAGAACUCUUUUUCUUUUUUUUAUGUCAUCAGUGUGAAAUGACUUUAAAGUAAAAAAUUAAAAAUGUUUUCAAAGCAAAUCACCUACCCUGUCUUUAAGGGGAUCCCCUAGUGGAUGAAUCAAUGUUUUCUGAAGUGAAACAAUAGAUGAGAAAAAUACCAAUUAAACUGUUUUGACGCUUCCGACCAACUGUCAAACAUGCAUGGGUUACAAUCCACUUGUAUUACAUGGAUGCACAGAGAUGGAUUAUUUUCUUUCAAGUAUUUGUUUGUUAGGAAAGGUAGUCAUAUACAUUUGGGAUGGCAGUGAAAGUGAGUAAAUGAUGAGAGAUGGUGAGGUGGGGUGGGCUAUCCCUGUGAAGACUGAUAUUGCACUCCAUUACCACAUAAUGUACCCAACUAGUCACUGUUUUCUUACUUGUACUGUAACAGGAACUGUUCAAAGGAUCUUUGCUAUGGCAAGCCGUUUUGACUUUUAUUCAUUCUCAGGAUAUGAAUUCUUGAUAUCAACAAUUCAGUUUUCACUAGUUAAAAUGCUAAUUCUUGAUAUCAGGAAUUACAUUUCUACUAGUAACAAUGACAAUUGUUGAUAUCAAGAAUUAACAUUUCCACUAGUAAAAAUGUUAAUUCUUGAUAUCAACAAUGUCAUUACUCACAGAAAUAUGUAUUCUUGAUAUCAUCAUUUGAAUUUCCACUAGUAAAUUCUUGAUAUCUGUAAUUGUAUUUUCACUAAUCAAAUGUCACCAUAAG